UUUUUCAUAUAAUAUCAAAUGGAAGCAUUUUUUCCCAAGAAAAUAAUUACUAUGAAUUUUAAAUAUGUUAUUAUUUUCUUUUUUAGUUUUGGAUAUUGUUUUUUAAUUUCUUGUGCUGAAUUUCCAUAUUUUAAUCAAUCACUAAAAGAUGAUGGCUCUCUUAGUUUUCUUGUUAUUGGAGAUUGGGGAAGGAAAGGACUUUAUAAUCAAUCAGAAUUGGCCAUCCAGAUGGGAGAGAUAGGGGAAAAGCUAAAGAUUGAUUUUGUAAUAUCAAGUGGUGACAAUUUCUAUGAAGAUGGGCUAAAUGGUGUAAAUGAUCCUACAUUUCAACAUUCUUUCACUAAUAUUUACAAAGCUCCUAGCUUGCAAAAGACGUGGUACAAUGUGUUGGGAAACCAUGACUACAGGGGAGAUGUAGAGGCACAACUAAGUCCAAUCCUUAGAGAAAAGGAUAAAAAAUGGUUUUGUUUGAGAUUUUAUGUUCUUCAUGCAGAAAUUGUGGAUUUUUUCUUCAUAGACACAACCCCUUUUGUGAAUGAUUAUUUUACAAACCCAAAAGAGCAUACCUAUGACUGGAGAGGUGUAUUACCAAAGGACAAAUAUCUCAAUGAUCAAUUAAAGGAUUUGGAUUUGGCAUUAAGUAAAUCUACUGCAAAAUGGAAGAUUGUGAUUGGUCACCAUACAAUUAAAAGUGCUGGACAUCAUGGUAUUAUUAUGGAACUUGCUCAACAAUUAGUCCCAAUACUUGAGCAAACGUACCGUCAUCUUCAACUCAACCGCAACUCUAGCCAGUCUUCGUCACCUUUAGAAAUAUUUUUUAUUUGA